AUGUUGCGACUCUUUCCUCAUCGGCUACCUGUUCUAGCUCGUUCUCAGUGCAUUCGUCGAUUUCAUCCUUUGUCGGCUAAUUAUUUUUCUCAAAUACAAGAAAAAUGGUCUUCUCCGCCAUCCGCAAAUCUCGUUCCCAUAGUCAUUGAGCAAACCGGAAGAGGAGAGCGUUCCUAUGACAUUUUCUCUCGCCUUUUACGAGAGCGUGUCAUUAUGCUUCAUGGCACAAUACGCGACUCAGAUUCAACGCUAAUCGUUGCUCAACUCCUUUUCUUGGAAGCAGAGGACUCCACCAAACCUAUUCACCUGUACAUCAACUCUCCAGGAGGGAGCGUAACUGCAGGCCUCGCUAUUUAUGACACAAUGCAGUAUGUUUCAUCUCCGAUCCACACCUACAGUCUCGGAUUGGCAGCUUCCAUGGGCUCCUUGCUGCUGGCUGCUGGCGAAAAAGGAAAGCGACACUGCUUGCCGAAUGCCAGUAUCAUGAUACACCAGCCCUCAGGCGGUGCCUCAGGACAGGCGUCUGAUAUCGCUAUUCAUGCCAAAGAGAUUUUACGCAUACGGCAGGUAUUAACUGGUAUCUAUCAGCGCCACUGUGGGAAGGACGGGGAAAGCCAAGCAGAAGCCUUGGAAAGAGACUAUUACAUGACGGCCCAGGAAGCUAUGGAAUUUGGUAUUGUUGAUGGCAUCCUCGAGAAACGACCCUCAACUGAGCCUACCCUUGCGCCAUAA